CCAUACGAAUAGGAAACCGUUCGUGAUUCCGGCAUUCCGGUCACUCUCCUUCAGUUGGCCGGUCAUCAAGAUGUUGAGUGCCGUGUCGAGAGCAGCCGCUGGGGCCCUUAGGGCCGUCAAACCCAGCCUCCUCCAGAAUGAAGUAGCAAAAAUCUCGGGCGCCUUGUCGGGAAACAGCAGGGAUUACGCGAAGGCUGCAAGCUCGAAGGGUGGUGCGAAGGGAAAAGUGGUCGCUGUCAUCGGUGCCGUCGUCGACGUACAAUUCGAAGAUGAACUUCCACCAAUUCUUAACGCCCUGGAAGUUCAGGAUCGUUCACCCAGGCUGGUUCUGGAGGUGGCUCAGCACUUGGGAGAGAACAUCGUUCGCACCAUCGCUAUGGAUGGUACGGAAGGUCUCGUCCGUGGUCAAAACGUUUUGGACUCUGGAUAUCCCAUUCGUAUUCCCGUUGGUGCUGAGACGUUGGGUCGUAUCAUCAACGUGAUCGGGGAACCGAUCGAUGAGCGUGGACCCAUUCCCACGGACAAACUCGCUGCCAUUCACGCGGAUGCUCCCGAAUUCGUAGAGAUGUCUGUCGAGCAAGAGAUUCUGGUAACCGGAAUCAAGGUCGUCGAUCUCCUCGCGCCGUACGCCAAGGGAGGAAAGAUCGGUCUAUUCGGCGGUGCCGGCGUCGGUAAAACCGUAUUGAUCAUGGAACUGAUCAACAACGUGGCCAAGGCCCAUGGUGGUUACUCCGUGUUCGCCGGUGUAGGGGAGCGAACUCGUGAGGGUAACGACUUGUACCACGAGAUGAUAGAAUCCGGUGUCAUUUCAUUGAAAGAUAAGUCGUCCAAGGUAGCUCUGGUGUAUGGACAGAUGAACGAGCCGCCAGGCGCUCGUGCUCGUGUCGCGUUGACCGGGUUAACGGUCGCCGAAUACUUCCGUGACCAAGAGGGUCAGGAUGUGUUGCUGUUCAUCGACAACAUCUUUAGGUUUACCCAAGCCGGUUCGGAAGUAUCGGCCUUGCUGGGUCGUAUUCCAUCCGCCGUAGGGUAUCAGCCCACACUGGCUACCGACAUGGGUAGCAUGCAGGAGCGUAUCACCACGACCAAGAAAGGAUCAAUCACUUCCGUGCAGGCCAUUUAUGUACCUGCCGACGACUUGACCGAUCCCGCUCCCGCUACCACCUUCGCUCACUUGGACGCAACAACCGUGUUGUCCCGAGCCAUCGCCGAAUUGGGUAUUUAUCCUGCCGUCGAUCCCCUCGAUUCCACCUCCCGUAUCAUGGAUCCCAACAUCAUCGGUCCCGAGCAUUACAACGUUGCUCGUGGCGUGCAGAAGAUCUUGCAAGAUUACAAAUCGCUCCAAGACAUCAUCGCUAUCUUGGGUAUGGACGAGUUGUCGGAAGAGGACAAACUCACCGUAGCGCGCGCACGUAAGAUCCAAAGGUUCUUGUCUCAACCAUUCCAGGUUGCCGAGGUGUUCACCGGUCAUGCCGGCAAAUUGGUACCGCUAGAAGAAACGAUCAAGGGAUUCAAGAAGAUUCUCGGCGGAGAUUACGAUCAUCUGCCGGAAGUCGCGUUCUACAUGGUCGGACCGAUCGAAGAAGUAAUAGCGAAAGCAGAGUCGUUGGCCAAAUAAUAAACUGAUUCAGUCAUCGUAACCGUGUCAUUAAAAAAGUAAUUAAAACGAUCUUCUAAUAAUACAGGCCUGUUUCUUUUGUAUCUCUACGAGUGUAUAGACUUUCGUCGGAACGGAUCGGAAGGUGCUAUUUCGAACGAAUUAGAAGAUUGUUUUUUUCUUUUGUUUCGUUAUACGAAAAUUCGCAAACACACAUCGAGAACAUCGUGCACACGAUUGAUCGCCGAUGCCAUUGAAAUUCUGUUCAAGAUGUUCCCGUUGCCCUUAGAUCGAAUCGAUACUGUUAACUCAUUCGAACGUAUACCUGAACGUUAUAGUGUAUGAUAGGAAAUAAUAAAAAUUUUACAAAAACCGUA